GUCCUCUGCUCGGGUCUCUGAACUUGACCCAGAAGGUUUCCAGGUCCAGGUCCAGACCAGCUCGCCGGCGGCGCUACGUGGAAGAGGCAGAACUCUUAAACCUUGAGGUGUUGCUAGCGGUGGACUACUCGGUUCUUCUUUUCCACGGCCGAGACCACAUUCAGAAAUACCUCCUGACGCUCAUGAACAUCGUAAACGAGAUCUACCAGCAUCAUUCUCUGGGCGCCAACAUCAACGUCGUCCUGGUCAAAAUUGUCAUGUUGUCUCCAUCAAAGUCCCAGGAGCUGAUCGCCGUGGGCAACCCCCAGAAGAGUCUGGAGAACGUGUGUGGAUGGUCGUACCUGCAGCAGCGAGACCAGCACGACCACACCAUCUACCUGACCCGGCAGGAGUUCGGCCCCUCCGGCAUGCAGGGGUACGCUCCAGUGACAGGAAUGUGUCACCUGCAUCGGAGCUGCGUCCUCGUCUUUGAGGACGGGUUUUCCUCGGCCUUCGUAGCGGCUCAUGAGACAGGACACGUGUUGGGGAUGGAGCAUGACGGCGAGGCUAACGACUGUGAGGACGACGUGCCGUUGGGCAGCAUCAUGUCUCCGAGGGUGCAGGCAACCUUCCACCGGUACCACUGGUCCCGCUGCAGCUGGACCGAGCUGCACAAGUACCUGCAUAAAUACGACUGUCUCCGUGACGACCCGUUCCACCACGAUUGGCCGGCUCCGCCCCCGUUGCCGGGGUUUCAGUACUCCAUGGACCAACAGUGUCGCUUCGACUUUGGACCGGGAUACAGCCUCUGUACUGCAUAUGCGGGUCUGGACCCCUGCAGGCAGCUGUGGUGCAGCGAGUUCAGCAACCCGUUCUACUGCAAGACCAGGAAGGGACCCCCCCUGGACGGGACCAGGUGUGGACCAGGCAAGCACUGCUUUAAAGGUCUCUGCAUGAAGUUGACCCCCAACCUGCUGAGACAAGAUGGCGGCUGGGGGGGGUGGAGUGCGUGGGGCGCCUGCUCCCGGACCUGCGGGGGGGGGGUCCAGUUCCGGUCCCGGCGCUGCGACAGCCCAGCCCCGGCCAACGGGGGACGCACCUGCUUCGGGAACAGCUACGAGUUCACGCUGUGCAGCCGGGACACGUGUCCCCCGCUCACAGACUUCAGAGAGGACCAGUGUAAAGUCUUGAAUCCAUUUUUCGAACAUGAAGGAAAAAAACAUCACUGGUUACCGUACCAGCACCCUGAUGCUGACGAGCGCUGUCUCCUGUACUGUCAGUCCAAGGAGACGGGUGCCGUGGUUUCCAUGGACAGAAUGGUGCUUGAUGGGACGCUGUGUUCCUAUGGCGAUGCCCACAGCGUCUGUGUCCGGGGAGACUGUGAGCAUGUAGGCUGUGAUGGACAGAUUGCAUCCGACCAGCAGGAGGACAGAUGUGGAGUCUGUGGAGGAGACAACUCCAGCUGUCAGAUCGUUAAAGGAAACUUCACCCGGAGCACCAAGAAACCAGGUUACCUUAAGAUCCUGGAGAUCCCCAAAGGAGCGCGACACCUUCUGGUCCAAGAGUUCAGAGAGACGCCCCACAUCCUGGCGAUGACCAACCUGGAGACGGGUCACGUCUUCCUCAACGAUGAAGACGAGCUCCCAGAAUCCCGAGUGGUGAUCGAGAAAGGCGUGGCGUGGGAGUACAGCACCAGCCAGGAGGCGGAGUCCAUCCAGACCAGCGGGCCGCUCCAGUACGGGGUCCUGCUCAUGGUCCGUUCCCACGGCGACUCCAAGGUGACGGUGUCCUAUAAGUACGUGAUCCAGGACGGUCUGCGGUCGUCCCUGGAGUCCAACCUGCUGCAGGAGGACGCCGUCUUCUACGAGUGGGCGCUGAAGAAGUGGUCCGCCUGCUCCAAGCCCUGCGGCGGAGGGAAACAGUACACGCGGUUCGGCUGCAGGAGGAAGGCCGACGGGAAGAUGGUCCCCAGGACGUUCUGCUCCAACGUCAACAAGCCGAGAGCCAUCAGCCGCGGCUGCAACUCGGACGCCUGCAGCUCGCCACGCUGGGUGAGCGGCCCGUGGGACGACUGCAGCGCCUCCUGUGGUCAGACGGGGUGGCAGCGCCGCUGGGUCAGCUGCCAACAGGCGUCCACCACGGGACAGUCCACCACGGGACAGUCCAGCACAGGACAGUCCGCCACGGGACAGUCCGCCACGGGACAGUCCAGCACGGGACAGCAGACCCGCUCGGUGAACAGCAAGCUGUGCGGAGGCGAGCGACCGGAAGGGAAACGAACCUGCAACCGCUUCAGCUGCCCUGCGGCCUGGCGCGCCGGACCCUGGACGCCGUGCUCGGUGUCCUGUGGAAACGGGACUCAGGAGCGCCAGGUCGCGUGUUUGAGUCCCGAAGGUUCAGCACAAAACUGCAGCGACCCUCGACCAAUCACAACCCGCGCCUGCCAGCCCCCUCCCUGCAGCGGCGAGCCGAGGAACUCCAUCAUCCAGUGGUUGUCCCGUUCGACCUCUGACCUCGCCCCCCCCCAGACCUCCUCCAGGACGCGUUGCCGUGGUGACCGCUCUGUAUUUUGCCGGAUGGAGGUGUUGACUCGGUACUGCUCCAUCGCCGGGUACCGCCAGAUGUGCUGCAAAUCCUGUAGCCAUGGCAACUUCAGCAGCUUUAUCCCGCUGAGCGCCAACAACAGUUCCUGGAGUGUAACCAUGGAGACGAUGACUUCAGCAUCCGCCAUCAUCGUCAGCACGCUGCCUCCCAGCAUCACUGUAGUCCCGCCUCCCAGCGUCACCAUGACUCCUCCCCCCAGCGUCACCAUGACUCCGCCCCCCACCAGCCGCCGCAGCACCGACUUUGUGUACGUGGAGUACGAGGAUUACGGCGAGUUUUCCUCCGACUCUCCUCCCAUCAGUUCUACUUCUCGUACUACAAGACGUGAAACUGCUUCGCUACAUUUAUUCAAGAGGAAAACUCCCAUUCCCACAAUGCAUUCUGCGACAGUUCCCAUGGUAACUGCUGAGGAUCAGAGUCCCAGGACAUCUGCCUUCCCAGAGUCCCCCCCCACGACUACAGAACGCACAAGAAAACCUGCUCCGCCGCAUUUACUCAAAGGGAAAACUCCAACGAUGCCGCAUGGGAGAACUACAGCUCCCACAGUGCCCGUUUCCUUAGUAACCGCUGUAACGUCUGCCAUCCCAGAGUCCCCCCCCACGACUACUUCUACAACUACAAAACGCACCAGAAAAACUGCUCCGCCACAUUUAUUCAAGAGGAAAACUCCAGCUCCCACAAUGCACCCUGUUCCCGUAGUAACCCUUAGCGCCCCGUUUCCCCCGACCCCGCCGCCGGGGGGGCGGGAGAACAACUCUGUUGACGAGGUCCCGUACCGGAUCGUGGGAUUGGACGGCGGCGUGGGGGGGCGGGGCCAGCAGAACUACUUUGUGCCGCGGCGCACCCCCCCGCCCCGCGAGCGGACGCAAAACAAGCGCAUCCAGCAGCUUCUGAACGAGAAGCGGCGGCGAGAGGGGGGGGCGCCCGCCACGCGCACGUGAACGUGCACUCUGCGCUUUGAUUAGCUCGUUAUGACGCAUGUGCAGCUUGCUCGCUUCCUGCUAACGAGCUCCUAACGAGCUCGUUAAGAGAACACACCA